AUGGGCACUCUGGUGGGACAUGUAGCUCCAGGUUUUGGAUUCUUGCUCAUUGGUUUGUGGCACCUCUUCAACCACAUCAAGCUCCAUGCUCUUAACCCCAAGUCCUACACCGCUCCACCAUGGUUCCACACUCCCAAGUUCAGAUAUUUAGAGCUUCUUCUCAUCAUGGCAGGCUCCACAGCCUCCAUAGCCAUGGAACUCUUCAUAGGUCCAGACCGACACCAACCUUUGGACGCAGAUGGAACCAUUCCCUCCAACCAUCUCCACAACUUUGAACACUCUUCCAUAUCCAUGACCUUCUUCCUCUACGCAGCCUUUGCCAUCAUCCUCGACAGAAUCCACAAGCAAGCUCAACACGGACUAACCCAGUUGCUAGGAGCCAUAGCUUUUGGUCAACAACUUCUUCUUUUCCAUCUCCAUUCUGCGGAUCACAUGGGCCCAGAAGGCCAAUACCACCUUCUUCUACAGGUUUUGGUCCUUGUUUCACUCUCUACUACCCUCAUUGGAAUUGGAUUCCCCAAGAGCUUCUUGGUCAACUUCGUGCGUUCCAUAAGCAUAUUCUUCCAAGGGUUAUGGCUUAUACAUAUGGGCUUCAUGCUUUGGACACCUGGGCUCAUACCCAAAGGUUGUUUCAUGAACGAUGAGGAUGGUCGCAAGGUGGUGAGGUGCUCUACCCAUGAAGCCCUUCACCGUGCUAUUUCACUUGUGAACAUUCAAUUCAGCUGGUUCCUCAUCGCAGUCACCAUUUUCGCUGUUUCUUUCUACUUGGUUUUGGUCAAACUUUAUGGUGAGAAGAAGGUGGAUUAUUUUUCCUUAGGGAAUGAGGAUGAAGAGUCCUACGACGUGUUCAGUCCCAAAACAGAAACAUACUAGACAAAACCAAAAGCUUUAUUCACGUGCGGAAAAUCUUUUCUCAAAUUGACAUGGAAAUGUAGAGAGUGAUGAAACUAUAUAGUAGGAAUUAAAUUAAUUAAGCCAGCAAUGAUGUGGUUGGGUAAAGGAAUCUUGUGCAUGUGGGUAAUUUUUUUUUUAGAGGAUUAUUUGAUUUGAUUUGAUUGUAUGUGUUACUUACUACUAGGUGUGUAAA